AUGAUGGCAGCCUCCCAUCGGCUGCUUUUGUUGCUCACCGUGGUAGCUGUAGGGGUGAUGCGGAGGGAGCCCCCCGUCGCUGCGGCAGGGGAUGCUCCGCCCGGCAAAAUAGGUAGGCGCUGCUGUCGAAAUCACAGGCGCGUAAGCACGGGGCGCCUGGGUUUUUACGCAUCUAAGCGAGGCCCCCUGGGCGGCGGGAUCGGAGCGCUUUGCCGUCCGUCCGGUGUGAGAUUGUCGACGGGGGUGUGAGGAAAGACAAGUGUUUAAGAUAAGAAACAAAUAGUCCCGAGGAUGAGGCUGCACGGACCUGUCAGGGCAUGCAGGAGGCUAGGGCUGAAUAAUUGGCAUUAAGGAUGCUUCUGUAGUGGCGAAAUAGGAAGCUGCCCUCUACUGAACCAGACUGUUUGUCCAUUUAGCUCAGGCUUGUCUGCACUGACUGGCAGCUGCUCUUCAGGCUUCCAGACAAGGACAGCUCCCAGCCCUACCUGCAUAUGCCAGGGAUUGAACCUGCUCGGCAGCUGAGUGAUGGCCGUUUCCCCUUAAGCACAGGCCGUUUUUGCCUGCUAGUCACACAUUCUCUAGUAUGACAUUUGUCCCAGGAUUCGCCAUUAUUGCAGUUGUUCAUAAUAAUGGCAGCCACCAUAACAAAGGCACACAAAGCCUUUGCUGACAAGAAUAAGAUGGCAAGUUGCUCGGGGGUAGCCAGAGGAUGUUGGACUUUGAGAGGCAUGUGGGGCUGAUUUACACAGUAGUUCUUUCCUUAGCCACUCAUCACCCCUGACUUCUGUAUGUACUUGAGUGAGUUUAGAUAAUGGGAAAGGGGGCUUCAGCUAAAUAUUAGGAAGGAUCUCCUGGUGGUAGGGGCUGUUUGCCAGUGGAAUACAGCAGAACAGGAAGCAUUGGAAAGUGGUGGCCUUUUCUUCAGUAGAAGUUUUUAAGCAAAGGCUGGCUGGCUGGCCAUGUAUAAGGAAUGCUGUGGCAGCAGGUUUCCUGCAUGGACCAGGGCUUGGACAAGAUGUUUUAUUGCUUUAUUAUUAUAAUUAAUAUUCUGUUGGGAGCCACGCAGAGUGUCUGGGGAAACCCAGCCAGAUGGGUGAGGUAUAAAAUUAUUAUUAUUAUUAUUAUUAUUAUUAUUAUUAUUAUUAUUAUUCCCUUGAGUUGCCUUAACUCUGUAUCUGGGAAAUGUGUACCUGACCACUUUGAUGAAGAUUUCCAGUACUUAAUGAGCACAAGAUCAUCAGAGCAUUUGUUGGUCUUUAAGAUGCUACAGGACUCAGGUUGCUUUGCUACAUGCUUCCAGGGCUACCAUUUUGGAACCAAUCAAAAUCUUAAAAUCAUUCACGGUGGGCUUUUUCUUGCUCUGUAGGUUUUUUUAUUAAAAGAAAAUAAAGGUAAAGGUAAAGGUACCCCUACCCGUACAGGCCAGUCGUGUCCGACUCUGGGGUUGCGCGCUCAUCUCGCUUAAGAGGCCGGGGGCCAGUGCUGUCCAAAGACACUUCCGGGUCACGUGGCCAGCGUGACAAGCUGCAUCUGGCGAGCCAGCGCAGCACACGGAAACGCCGUUUACCUUCCCGCUAGUAAGCGGUCCCUAUUUAUCUACUUGCACCCGGGGGUGCUUUCGAACUGCUAGGUUGGCAGGCACUGGGACCGAGCAACGGGAGCGCACCCCACCGCGGGGAUUCGAACCGCCAACCUGACGAUCGGCAAGUCCUAGGCGCUGAGGUUUUACCCACAGCGCUACCCGCAUCCCUUUAAAAGAAAAUACUACUGCAUUUUUUGAGCAUGUGCAGACAGCAGCAACUCGCCAUGUAAAGUAAUUGAUGUGAUAUUUGGCAUAAAGCUGCAGCUUGGUAUACACGUCUGUCACACACACACACACACACACACACACACACACACACACAGAGUUAACCAUUCAGAUUCAGAUGAAAGCUUGCUGUGGCCUUCUGCAGAACUUUCCCUUGCUUCAUAGCAACAGUUUUCAUUUGGCGAAGAACACGGGUAAAAUAUCAGGCCAAAUGACUGGGUUGGAAAACCUUCCUCUUCAUUGUGUGGCAUCCUCCCUGCAGGACAAAGGAUUGUUUAAGGGUCAGUGUGUAAGAUGAGCAACCUGCUGGUCCUUCGAGGAGUGGGAUGGGUGGUCAGAGGUGGGCAUGCAUCUGCUGUGCCUUAUCCUCACCCCUCUGCUUUUGCCUUGGCAGCUGUAGUGGGAGCUGGGAUUGGCGGCUCUUCGGUGGCCCACUUCCUGCAGCAGCACUUUGGGCCACAGGUGCAACUGGACGUGUACGAAAAGGACACCGUUGGGGGCCGCCUGGCCACGGUCACUGUCAACAAACAGCAGUAUGAAAUCGGUGGUGCCUCCAUUCACUCUCUCAACCUACACAUGCAGGACUUUGUUAAGCUGCUGGGUGAGUGUGGGUACAAUCAUCACACUGGAAACAAUUGCAUUCGGGCCAGGUUUUGUAGCCCGUACAAAAUCUGCAAAACAGUAUUGUAAAAGCAGAAGGCUGCAUUGCCUGCGCUCCCUGGCUCAUGAAGGAGGACAGAAAGUAGCCUUACUCUUCUACCUCAUUGUCCCCUUAUCCUAGGGCUGAAGCACCGUCGGGAAUUGGCCGGGAAGAGCGCCAUCUUUAGCGGGGAGCAGUUUGCCCUAGAGGAGACAGACUGGUACCUGCUGAACCUCUUCCGACUCUGGUGGCACUACGGCACGAGCUUCCUGCGCCUACAGAUGUGGGUGGAGGAGGUAAUGGAGAAGUUCAUGAGGUAUGUGACAGAGGUGGUGAGACCUCUGGGGAGGAAAAGAGGGUGGUCUUCCUUCUCCUUUAAACCCAGAAAUCUCCAGCUAGGCUGAAGAGAUGCACUGAACUUCCUUUAGAUCUCCUGGCAUAAAGAUCUGACUGCUCCAGAUUUGUCUCCUUCUUUUUUGUGUCCUGCAGGAUCUACAAAUACCAGGCCCAUGGCUAUGCGUUUUCUCGCCUUGAGGAGCUCCUGCGUUCGCUGGGUGGGGACACGUUUGUCAACAUGACACAGCGCUCUGUGGCAGAGUCCCUGCUGGAGGUGGGCAUCACACAGCGCUUCAUUGACGAGGUCAUUGUGGCCAUUCUCCGUGCCAGCUAUGGCCAGUCAGUACUGGUGCCUGCGUUUGCAGGUGAGUGCCACCUUUUGCUAUCUUGCUGCAGACCAACCAAGCAAGGCCAAAGGUGUCUCUUUCCAGUGGAGCACUGACUGAUCUCGAUAGACCAGGGCAUGUUGCUGGAGAGAAUGGUAUCUUCAUUACUUUAUUAUUAUUAUUCUGACACCUAACCCCUCUGUAUUUCUAUCUUCAGGGGCCAUGUCCCUAGCAGGGGCACAGGGCAACAUGUGGUCUGUGGAAGGCGGCAACAACCUGGUGUGUUCAGGCUUGCUGAAGCUGACGAAAGCCAACAUAAUUGAGGCCACUGUGACAGCCAUUUCUCUGCACAACUCAGGUAAGCUGCCCAGAGCUGAAACAAAACCAGGAGAUCUCGGGUAACAGGACUGGGCACUACCUUUGCUUGAGACCUUGAAGAUGAAGUUAGCUAGAUCAGGGGUCACCAACCUGGUGCCCUCCAGGUUGCUGGAGCAUAACUCCCAUCAUCACUGACCAUUGGCCAUGCCAGCUGGGCAAGGACAGGGUUUGGCAAACAAUGAAGAGAAGGAGACCAGCUCAGAUCUCCUAAGGAACUAAAACAGGGAUCAGCAAACUUUUUCAGCAUGGGGCCGGUCCACUGUCCCUCAGACCUUGGGGGGGCAGACUUUUUUUGGGGGGGGGGGGAAUGAACGAAUUCCUAUGCUGCACAAAUAACCCAGAGAUGCAUUUUAAAUAAAAGCACACAUUCUGCUCAUGUAAAAACACCAGGCAGGCCCCACAAAUAACCCAGAGAUGCAUUUUAAAUAAAAGGGCAUAUUGUACUCAUGUAAAAACAUGCUGCUUACCAGACCGUCCAUGGGCCGGAUUUAGAAGGAGAUUGGGCCGGAUCUGGACCCCUGACCUUAGUUUGCCUACCCAUGAACUAAAACUUUCCAAUUCAGUUGUACUUCUCUUAAGAGACCUUAUUAUGGACAGCAGCUGGUACACCACCAAUGGCCUUGCAUGGCAGGGGUGAAGUUGAGGAUUACUUUAACUUUAUAUUUCCCUACUUGUGUCUUGAAAAUGCUUGCAAAGAAGGAGCCAGAACAUGCCUGCAGACAAGGAUCUGUAGGAAGUGGGUCUUGGGACCUUCUUUGCUGUUCAUUUGUCUCAGCUCCUUUCCAGAUGAUCAGUUGGUUGCACAAUAAAUUAUAAACAAUGCAUAUUUACUGCAGAGACUCUGCAUUCCUCCGCUGUUCUGUUGCAGGGACGUUAUGUUUUCUGAGCACUAAAAAAGUACAAUAUUUUAUACUUGGGAAAAUCCAGUGUUCUCUCUCGGUUGUGCAUUCAUUACUGUUGUGAUUGCUUUAUGUAGAUGUGGCCAGGCAGGUGUGACAAGUUGAAUUAUUUUGUGAUGCAGUCAGUGAGGAGCAACAAAACUCUCCCCUUAUGUACCUGGAUCAUUUAGUAUUGGAUCAUUCUUUUUUAAAAAAAGAAAAAAUUCUUAAGAGACUAUGUUUUCUUCACAGUCGGAAUCUUUAUCAAAAUAUAUUUCUCUUUAAGCACUUACAAUAGGCUAACUCCCACCCUUUUCAUCUUGUCUACAUCCCUUCCUAUAUUUCAUUAUUUCUGUUAAUUAUAUAGGCAGUAGGUAAUAUCCAGCAUUAGGGACGUGGGUGGCGCUGUGGGUAAAACCUCAGCGCCUAGGACUUGCCGAUCGCAUGGUCGGCGGUUCGAAUCCCCGCGGCGGGGUGAGCUCCCGUCGUUCGGUCCCAGCUCCUGCCCACCUAGCAGUUCGAAAGCACCCUCAAGUACAAGUAGAUAAAUAGGUACCGCUGUAUAGCGGGAAGGUAAACGGCGUUUCCGUGUGCUGCUCUGGUGCCGGUUCGCCGGAGCAGCUUCGUCACGCUGGCCACGUGACCUGGAAGUGUCUGCGGACAGCGCUGGCUCGCAGCCUCUAGAGUGAGAUGAGCGCACAACCCUAGAGUCUAUCAAGACUGGCCCGUACGGGCAGGGGUACCUUUACCUUUACCUAAUAUCCAGCAUUAGCCAUACUCAGAGAAUAUCCAUUGACAUCAGUGGACAAGUUGUUUAAAUCCAUUGACAUCAAUGGGUAUACUCUUGAGUGUGACUUAGUUGGCCUUAGCCCAAUAGAGCUUGCUGAAACACAUCAUUGUUAUAUUAAUUUUAUUUAUUAAAUGUGAAUGCUGCCGUAUAUCCAUAGAUCUCAGGAUAGUUCGCAACAUAAAAUUACAGUAUGAAAAACACAAUUGUGCUGCUGCUGCAUUCACAUGCUUUCAUUUUAUGCCACUGUGAACCUUACAGUCUCAUGCUUGCUAUCUCACAAGCUGUUGAGUAGCUCCAGAUGCUGCUUGACAACAAACUCCCAUGAUCCUUGACUGUUGGCCAUGCUGGCUGGGGCUGAUGGGAAUUGGAGUCCAACAACAUCUGGAGAAGUACCACCUUGGCCACCCUUCCUGCAGCUUAUCAGCCAGAUCUGGUGUAUCUUGUAGUUAACAGUGCUCCUUUUGACAGUGUACCCAAGACUGAGACAUCCGUAGACGUACACACCCUCACUUUCAUAUGCUCCAAUAUUUUGGUCUUUCCUAGUAUCACUUGCAUCUGUGCACACAGAAGGUGGGAGGAUUCCCCACCUGCUUACUAGUAGACAGUCAGAAAUACAGUCGCUGUUUACUCUUAUAUCUGUCACUUGUGCAAAAUGUAUAUCAACUCUAUGUGUCUGGUCUAGCUCACCAGGCAGGGUCUGGAAGCUUAAACCAGCAACAACAAGAAAAUAAUAAGAAACAGAGGGGAAGGGGUUAACUAAGGAACAUGGAGAACCUCAGAGCCUUGGCAGAUUGUUGAAGAAGCUUUCCAGCUUCUAGGUCUUACCCAUUUAGCUCCUUAAAACCUUCAGCAGGAUGUGAGGGUAGUUUUUGUGUAUUUGAGUUGCUGUUUUGAGCUCUCUCUCUCUCUCUCUCCACUCUUUGCAGAAGGAAAAAACUUCUACCAGGUUCACUAUGAGGACGAGGAAGGCCAAGGCUCUAGCUUCUAUGACAUCGUGGUUAUUGCUGCUCCACUGCAUAAUAACAAGAGCAACAUCAGCUUCCAGAACUUUGACCCUCCCAUUGCUGAGUUCCCAGGGACCUUCCACACCACGGUCACUUCUGUCAUCCAUGGCUACCUCAACUCCUCUUAUUUUGGCUUCCCAGAUCCAAAGCUCUUCCCCUUUGCCAGCAUCCUCACCACAGAUGCUCCUGUCCUCUUCUUCAGUUCCAUGGACAACAUUUGCCCCGUCAAUAUAUCCAGUACCUUUAGGCGGAAGCAGCCCCAAGAGGCAGCCAUAUGGCGAGUCCACUCCCAGCACCCCUUGGAGAAGCAAGAGUUGAAGACUCUGUUCCGUUCCUACUACUCUGUCCAGGUGACGGAAUGGCAGGCCUAUCCUGACUAUGGGUCUUCCAAGAGCCUCCCGCCCAUUGUCCUCCACGAUAACCUCUACUACCUCAACAGCAUGGAGUGGGCAGCCAGCUCAAUGGAAAUGGCUGCUGUGGCGGCCAAAAACGUGGCCCUCUUAGCCUACAACUUCUGGAAUCGUGACCUAGAGAAAAUAGACCAGAAGGACCUGAUGCACAAAGUGAAGACCGAGCUGUGA